GUAAAAUCCAGUUUUGAGAAAAAGCCAUUUCCCAUAGAGAUUGCACACAAAAUGAGCGAAAAUGACAUGCCUCUAUAACUUGCCAUUUUUUAGGAUGAUCCGUUCCUUUAAAUGUUAAUAUAGCCAUUAAGUUAGAAAGAGUAUGUAUUCAGCUACAACAUAUUAAAAAACUGGGCGAAAAUUGACCAAUAUUUACGGAGUUAUAGUAAUAUUUGCAAAAUUAUUAAAACGUCAUAAAACAAAAAUGGAAAAUUUUUGUUCCGACGCCAUUUUGAUGACGUCAUGAUAAAAUUUAGGGUCAAAUGUGACAUGAAAUCACAUCUACAAUUCAUACUCUAUCGGAAUAUAAAAGAAUAUUUGAGGGUCAACGGACUAUCCGAAGAGUUAUAUUAAAUUUUGUAAAGGCAUGUUUUUCCACAUAUUUGGCCUAUUGUGAACGCGCGCGUGCGCGCGUUAUUAAAAAAUUGAUAGAAGCUUAUUCCUUUACUACUGGUCGUAGAAGGUUGAUCAAGGUAUCAAAUUAAUCAGAAUUUCAUAAUAAAUGCAUUGAUGUAAAAGAAACGGCGAUUUUACAUUGCGUAACGACGUUACGCGCGUGAACGCGCGCUAAAACGCGUGAGCGCGCAAAUUCUUGAAAUGCUUCAAAUGACCUGAUUCGUACUCUACUUUGAUCAAAAAGUGAUUUUGAGCAUUUUAAAAUUUUGACGCGCGCGUACAUGCGCGUCGUGACGUGUUAAUGACGUUUGAUCACAUGGACAGUUGACCCAUGAUUUGAAGUUAAUUUCAUGUUAAUAUUGUUCAUUUUUGAUGAUUGAUGAUGGAGAUAUUGUUGAUAAUGUGAUUUUACAAAAUGGCGCGUAGAUGACGUCACGAUGACCAUUUGACGUUGAACUUGUUUCGUACACAUCGCAUUAUAACUGUGCAUAAUUGAUAAUAAUUUGAUGAAAAUUGAUAGAACAGUUUUUCUGAUUUUGGUGGAACAAGAAAAGGGUGGAAAAAGAAAAAUAAAUAAAAAGAAUAAAUAAAUAAAAAAGAAAAUUCGUAGAAACACAAGAGGUGAUCUGUCAACAGACAGAUCACCUAAUUAGUUAACAAAUUUUUUGAGUUAAAGUUUAUUAAAAAAACACUACUUAAGAAAAAAACUUAAAACAAAAACAAUUAAAACUAUAAUAAUUUUUUUAAUUUUCAAAAAUAUGUCUUUUCAUUUUUUUUUUAUAUUGAAUGAUUUUGUGUAGAAAGUUGGCGAACCUCAUGUAAUGUAGCUCGACCAGAUUGUAGAAAAAAAUAAAGAAAUACCCCCCACCCGCCCCAAAAAUAUAUUGUUAUUUUUUAAUUAAUUUCUUAUAAAUUGUGACAAUCUGUUUUCUAGUUAUAAUUUCGAUAUCAUUUGCACAGCUUUGGUGAACCUCAUACCAAAUGGACCCCACUCCCUCCGAAAAAAAAACCAAAUUUAAAAUCAGAAGUCCGACAAAUAAGAACUUGUUAGGAGAGGGGAUUCGAAAAAUGUCCAUAAUUAACCGAUUUAAAAGGGUACUCCGAGCUGAAAAUAAUUUCAUCAAAUGUAAGCAAAUGCUGCAAAUUUCAUCAAAAUCUGAUAACAACUAGAUCUAAAGUAAAAGGGGUUUUCAUGCAUUAUAAAAACAGUUAUAUGCACGUCUUAAUAAAUAUUCGUUAGAUGGGCUGAUGAUGACACCUCACUUUAACUUGUCUUAUAUCAAAACAUGAAAUCAUACUUAUUUUAUUUGGUCAUACGUGUGUGAAUGAUAUGUCACCCUUUUGCAUUAAUUAAUAUCUAGUCUUGGAGGGGGGGGGGAAUAGAACAAACAUAAUUUCAUGUAACAAGGUGAGACAUCUUUGCAUCAGUUUGUCAAGUAAAUUCAUAAAAACAUGCAUAGAACUGUUUCACCGAAAUCCAUAUCUUUAAAUUAUCAUAGCUCUUUUACUCCUUGUCCAAUUUUGAUUUUUUUUUAAUAUACAUUUUUUACAAACUUGUUGCAUGUGAUAGAUUUAUCUUAAAUGGUUACAAGUAUGUAACGAAGGCUUAUCUAAGUAGGUGCAUAUCUAGAUCUAGUUGAUAGCAUAGGCAGACAUAAGUUAGAUCUUAAAAAGGCCGUCAAAGUCCCGGACAAAUACCGCGAAUCGCUGCAGCAGUCGCAUGUAAUUUGACGUUUAAAGUCGUUCCUAAAAAAGCUCUCUCUCGAUCGAUCCACAUAAACACGCAACACAAAAUUCACACUCACGUGUUUAGUUGCCAUGUUCCUCGCAUCGCAAUUAUCAAUUAAUUUAACAAAACAACUCAAUCUGCAACAUAAUUUAACUUACCUUCAUGGAUUUCAGCCAAAGGAAUUAAAUCCAAUCAACAUAUAUCCGAACCCGCCACCAAAUAUAUCGAGCCGAUAUCCAUAGUCCUGAAAAAUGAAAAUGCGCCUGACAUUUUUUUUUAUUUCCCGCGGGUUGUUUGUUUUGUUUUUCCUCGCGACGCGCGCCAGACAAAAGUUUGAUGACACGCGUAUUUAAAUGACGUCCUAGCGCAUUUAUUGUCUCUCACCAAUAGUCUGGUUUUCGCGCGACGCAACACAUAUCAAAGAGACCCUUUUCACAGUUCUUUAUCAUCUCCCGACUUUCACAAGUAUUCCAUCCAUAAUGAACAUUCCGUUGUCAUCAUGAAGAUCAUAUUGAUCUGCUUGAACAUGGUAAUAGUGAUCAUGAUGGCGAGAAUAAGGACACACCACCUAAUUCGUCCGCAUGACGAAUUAAAAUCUAGUUUUUGUUUAUGUUUUAAGGAGUUUGGCCAUCUAAGCUACAGUUGUCCCAAAAAUACCUUGGGAGAUAGAGAACCACCUCCUAAGAAAGAGAAGAAAAAGAAAAGAGAUCAAGAAGAAUCUUCAAAACCGAAGAGAAAAUACUAUGAUUAUGAUGAUGAUGGAGACUAUGAGGAUAGUGACGAUGAUGAACAAGAAGGUGAGGAUCCUAAAUUAGAAAGCUUACAUGCUGCAAUUAACAGCCAGAGAGAAAAAGCUGAAGAAGAAGAGUAUCGACAGAUAGUAGCAUCUGGUAGUUAUGACCUUGCUUCAAGUAGUUUACAACCUAUGGUUAAAAGGCCAAAGGUUAAAAAGAGUGCUUAUUUCAGUGAUGAAGAUGAAAUCAGUGAUUGAGGUAGUGGGUUUGAGGAUCAAACAUUCUGUGACGCUCUCAUUGUGAUGGAACCUCCAAAGAUGAUCUACUGCAUCAAUCCUGGAAGCCAGUGCAGGAGCAUCAUAAAACCCUCAUUAUGCAGGGCUAAAUGAAAGAUGAUGAUGCUGAAACUAUGGGUCCUUCCCCCUGAUGAAGAAACUGAUAUACAGGUGAAUCUAUCUGCCAAAGUCAAAUUUUGUAAAGUCCACGGAACUUUGCUUGACUUUAAAGAGAAAUUCCAGUAGUUGCAGUAAACACUGAUUUCAUGAGAAAGUCUGUAAAACAAGGCUUAAUUGUCAGUAUAUCAUCGAGGAUCUAGAUCUGGUACAGUUACAUAAACUGAACUUUGUGAAAUCUUGAAAUCUACGCUGAAAAAUGUUCACACUGAAGAUCACCAACACAGAUAGGCACACGUGGGACAGUGUAUUAUUAUUGCUAAAAUAAAGACCCGACGGAAGUGACCGAAUCCGCGCUUAUUUUGCUUAUUUCUCAGCAAUUACACAAUUUCUUCCAGAAUCCUUUGGCACAUAUUUUUUAUUCAUACAAACAGACACUUAGGUGGUCAUUAUAUUAGAUUCUGUAAAAAGUCAUUUUAAGAUCGUUACCAAAACUGGAAUUUAUCUUUAAUAGAAGAUGUACAUGUAUGUCUUGCAUGAUCUGGGAUCCGUAACACAAAGCUUAGCAAUGGUCGUAGAACGUUUUUCUACAUUUGAUUGCAUCGACUACAAUGUACACUCAGUCGUGAAAAUCAAGCGUACAAUUAAUGGCUGACCUUUGUGUUAUGGGACCCAGGUCUUGAAAAUUGCUUUGCCCAAUAGAAGGUUGAUUUAUGCGGCUCCACUGUACAUUUGACCUUUAAUUGUAGCAGUAUUAGCUUCCAUGUAAAGCACACACUUCCCAACUGAUCCAUUCAGAUAUCUCCAUCACAAAGGCAUCCUUGAAUCAAAAUUUUCAAGAAAGUUUGGUUAUGGGAAAUUAGAUUUUUAUUGAGUGCAAUGGGUUUGUAGAUGUUUAUUCCAUGUAGUCUGUAGAAAGUGAAUCAAGAUUCAGUGAAAACAGUGAUGAGUAUACAUUGAAUACUAAAUACAACUUAAAGUAAGAAUAUGUUGUUUGCUUACCAAGCAUCACAUAUAGGUGUAUGCAAGCAUGAGAGCAUUACAAUAUCCCCAGGAAGCAGUACACAUAUCAUUUGCAGAUCAGCCUUAUAUGAGCUAUUAUUUGUAGUUCUUUAUUUUUCAUUACAUCUUUUUAUAUUUAUGCAAUGAGUCAGUUAUUACUCAUGACAUUAGUUUUGUUUUGGUAUUGCAACCACCCCCCCCCCAACAAAAGAGUAAGGUUGUCAAAUAAUCGGUAGAUAUUUUUAAGGUAGCUUCAUGCAAAAGCCAAUCAAUCAUGAGGGAUCAUUUCAAUAGUGUGAAAUUCAAUAUUCUGCCCAGCUAGUGCCAAAAAUAGUAGUAUACUUUUAUGAAGCUUUGGAAAUAAUUCAAUUGUAAUUUAUGUUGUAAUUCAUGUGGAAAGCAAUGAUAAUAUGUGUUGACUUACAAGAAGAAUAAUAUUCAAGAGUAAAGGUAUGUGGAGCAACUCUCCAUGAUUUGAGUGUUUCACACCUAAACCAAUUUAUAUUAAUGUCAGUCAUAGCUUGGGACUUCCACACUACAAAGAAAACAACAUCCAAUGAAUUCAGUCUGGUAUGUCAGUGCAUAUACAUAGAUUAUGUUGUUAGAAAUAUGUGAAGCCUCUAGUUAGAAAUUUUAAGGAAAAACAAACAUCAUGCAAACUUGUUAUGUCAUUGUUUUUUUUCUGUCAUGAUGGUAUUACACACUGCUUAAAAAUGGGAAUCCACCUUUGAAAUAUUUGGCUUUUGUCUCACCUGGAUAGCAGAGGGAGACUAUGAAAGGGGAUCCAAAUUCAAACAGGAAUGAGUAGAAAAUCAGACAGAUAUUAAGAACAACAAUUAAUUAGCUCAAAUCAUCACAGAAUUGACGGUUCGAUCUGUCACAGAGAAGAGCUCCAAUUUUCUGCGCCAAUUACACAUAUCCUAAAAACAAUCACAUUAACAAUAUCGAUAUCAUAAUACUUACACUCUCUCCCACCAAAAUACCCCAUAGGGUGUUUUCAUUUAUCUUCAACAAAAUAUUACAUCACAUCAAAACAAAGUACAUUCACACAGAUAUCUUCACUUUAAUUGGUCAGACUGAAUUUUAAAGAAACGCCAUGGAAUUCACAGCAUUAGAUGUAACAAUAUUAUUAUUAUACUUGCUUAGAUAGUGCUUAACACUUCCUUUAUCAGAAGUCUCUAAGUGCUUUACAAUAAUCUGUGCUGCAUUUCAAGGAAUACAUUCCUACCAGGAACCUAUUUACCUCACCUGGGUUGAGUGCUGCACAAUGUGGGUAAAUUUCUUGCUGAAGGAAAACAUGCCAUGGCUAGGACUCGAACCCACGUACCUCAGAUUGAAAGAUGAGAGUCAUAACCACUAGACCACGACGCCCCCUCUUCUACUAAAACAAUCUUGAAUAUAACAACUUCUGAACAGUUGACAGUUAUAUUUACUUAGAACGAUACAUUUUUAAUAAUAUCCCCUCUAAUGUAUUUACUGUUUUAAACUUGGACAAAAUGAUACAUUGUUAUAUGCAAACUAAAUACACAGAAAAAAAGCAACCUAAACAUCUGAAAAGACGUUUAAAAAAGAACCUUGAAGGUGACACAACCUUCACUGGUCAAAGUACAAUUUCAUCACCCCGAGCUGAGACUACAAAUUCAUAUAGUCCCUGUCUGCAGACUCUAGCUGCUGCGAGUUCUGAAAUAAAGCUUGUUGAGAUGUAAAUGGAUAUGGUUAAUGAUACGUGGCAUGUGGUGGUCCAUGAUAACUUGCAUGUGGGUUGGAUGGUGUCAUGUCAUUCCAAUAAUAUGGCCAUGCUCCACUAUGUUGAUUCUCUCCUGUCUUCCAUUACCAUCGCUCUGUUCUCCCUCCUACACUCCUCCUCUUCCAUCUUCCUUUCCCAGUCUCCCUCUGUUGGUACUCCUGCUUCCUUACUGCUUCAUCUGCUAGGUGAUGUCUUUUGCCCAUAUCUUGUAUCUGUUCCUUUACUUCAUUGUGUAAUGUGUGCAGAGCAGCUACAAGCUUCCUUUUGGUAUGUUGUCUUUUGCCCACAUCUUGUAUCUCUUCCUUUACUUUAUUGUGUGAUGUCUGCAGAGCAGCUACAGCUUUGUUUUGGUGUCCGCUUUCCUCUUCAGCUCUUUUUUCUUGCAUUUUUUGUCUUUGGGAUCCUUAACUGAAGGGCUUCAGUGGGGCGUUUCAUCAACAUUUUUGUCCGACAAGUUGUCAGAUCUGACAUCUUUCCUUGAUUUUGAUUGGCAGAGCCGCACUGUUACUAUGGUAACUGUCUGAUAUAAUGGGACUUGUCGGAUAAAACGUCCGACAAGUCCUUUCAUGAAACGCUCCCCAUGUGUGUCCUUAUCUGAUGCAGCACCUAUGCUUGAACUGUCAGCUGAGGACUUUUCAUGGAUUAGUGUCUCAUCAACCUGUGGCUCCUCUUCCACAGCAAUGGCAUGUUGAUUAGGUUCCAGUCGGUCUGAACCAGGGCUUGGAGAGAUACAGAUCUGCUUGAUGUGUUGCCUUUACAUGUCCAUUUACACAUAACAUCCAAAAUAUAAAGUCAUGAACAAUACCCAGAGUCAGACACCAGCACAGCUGAGUGACCAUCAAAAUACAAGAAGUAACAAGUACUGAUAGUUGAUGCAACUAGCAUACAUGUAUUAGCAAAAAUGCUUCAGAAAGUAGCACUCUCAAUGUAUCAAGGAGCAUGUCAAAAACGGGUACACUGUAGAACCUACAUGAGU